GUCUUUGUCUUGAGAAGAGAGUGUUUUACAAACUCAUUUCUGGACUUCAUGCUAGCAUUAACUUGCAUCUGUGUGCAAAUUAUCUUCUUGAAGAAACCUGGGGGAAGCCUCGCUGGGGACCGAACGUGAAAGAGUUCACUCGCCGCUUCGACCCUACUGAAACAAAAGGAGAAGGGCCGAGGAGGCUCAAGAACUUGUAUUUCUUGUAUUUGAUAGAGCUGCGUGCUUUGUCAAAGGUUGCGCCGUACUUUGAGCGUUCGGUUGUUGACCUUUACACUGGAAACGGCCAUGAGGAUGCUGAAUCUAAAGCUCUCUUACUAGACAUCUUCAGGGAUACAAAGUCCUUUCACAUGCACUUCGAUGAAAAGUCCAUGUUUGCUGGAGAUAAAAAGGGAGCUAAGUCUUUAAAGGAAGAAUUCCGAUUGCAUUUCAAGAACAUAUCCCGCAUAAUGGAUUGUGUUGGGUGUGACAAAUGCAGGCUGUGGGGCAAACUGCAGACUCAAGGCUUAGGAACUGCUCUGAAGAUCUUGUUCUCUGAAAAAGAAAUACAGAGCCUUCCUGAGAACAGCCCAUCUAAAGGUUUUCAACUCACACGUCAAGAAAUAGUUGCUCUUGUGAACGCCUUUGGAAGGCUUUCCACAAGUAUAAGGGAGCUGCAGAAUUUUAAAGUUUUAUUACAACAAACUAGGUAAUGAAGGCCUUUGCACAACCCAUUAGUGAAGACCGUUUACGGGACUGCAAUUGAGCAGGAGGAACUGAUCCUUACAGGACUCGCAUGAACUGAUACAAAGGAAAAGCAAAUACCAACUUGAAUAUUUAUGUUUAAACCCGGAAUAGUUACUAAUUAGAUAUUUAUGAAUGAAAUAUAUAGUUUUUAAAGGUGUAAAUUAUGCUGAUCUGUUAAUUUUUAAAGUUCUCUGCUCACAGUUCUGUAGUGCUGAAACUUCAUAUAUUUUCUUUAUUUCCUUGUCUUUCUGAGACAGUUGUUUUAUAUGGAAACAUCCGUACCUCCACCCUGACUGGGCCUGUCCUGAGAGAGGUGGUUUACCUCUUGUCUCUCCCCAGUGCUGAGCUUCAGUAUAUUCUGAGGACUGGGGGUGCUGGUUCUGGCUGUCUA